CAUAAAUCUGGUCAUUGUUGCGAAGACUGUAGCCAUUGCUGGGUGCUCUACCAUCUGUAAGAACAUUACAUGUACGUCUUCUGCACGUCUUCUUAUUAACAAUUAUUGUAUCCUAGUCUGUUGCAACUACAUGAAAAUUGUAAUACAAACUUCUUCUUUUUGGUCCGGAAGAAGUGCCUAAGUUGAGGGUUGGUCACCAUGGAGGCUUUAGCGCUGCAUGACUUCACUGCGACCGCAGAGGACGAACUAUCUUUUACAAAGGGGGGCACCGUAAAAGUAUUGGAUAUGAAAGAUGAUCCGCACUGGUACAAGGCGGAAAGAGACGGCAGGGACGGCUUAGUACCAAAGAACUACAUUCAAAUGAAGCCACACAGUUGGUUCAGGAGAGUGACGAGACCAGGGGCCGAAGAGCAACUUGCGCUUCAGCCACAUGAUGGCGCUUUCUUGAUUCGUGAAAGCGAAUCGACACCGGAGGAUUUUACACUCUCUGUCAAAUUUGACAACGGCGUACAGCAUUUCAAGGUAUUAAGAGAUGGUGCCGGCAAGUAUUUCCUCUGGGUGGUGAAGUUUAACUCACUCAACCAGCUCGUCGACUACCACAGAACUUCAUCAGUCAGCCGGACGCAAAGAAUCUUCUUGAAGGACAUGGUUCAUGAAAACCUAUCCGUGGAAAAGGUGGAAGCUGUGUACGACUUCGAGCCACAAGAAGAAGGCGAGAUAGCACUCGUUAAAGGUGACGUCAUUACGAUAGUUGAGAAAGCGGACGCUAACUGGUGGAAAGGCUCCCUCAACGACAAGACAGGAAUUUUCCCUGCCACUUACGUUAAACCUGUCAAUUAACUUUGGCAAUAACUUUGUUUGAUUUGUUAUUAAUAAGUGUGCAUGCUGUCAACGCAUUAGGUUUUAUAGGAAAUUAUCCGGUGUCCCAGAGAAGUCUGUCCGCUGGAGAUUCUGUCCACCAUAAAUAGGAAGUAAAAAUAGGCUGGAGGAUCGAGGAGGAUUUAAAAAAAGAGGGCACUAUCAAAAGAAGUUUGUGCACAGAUUGUAUAAGUAGCACCAAUUAGUUAAAAUUGCAAAAAGAUCGUUUGAGGUAAACCUUUAGAGAAUAAAUAAUCUGCAAGUGGUGACGGUCCUUUGUAGGAUACGACCUCAGGGGUGACAAAAUAUCCCAUUACCGGGCUCCAACUGUACUGGUGAGGGAGGUGCAUGCUGGUCUAGCUAUCGAACUUGAUCGCUAGUUAGACCAGCAUGCACUUCAUUCCACGCCCAACGCGCGUGUACCGAGUAUUUUGCUACAAGGUCCUUGGAACCUUUUUACUGCCAUUGCGUCCGGAGAUUUCCAAGGAUUUGGGUGAUCGGGAAAUUGAAAGAAAGAAUAAUGUAUAAAAGUUAAUUAGUAAAAUGUAUUUGUUAGCCAUCAAGGAAAGAUUGCUUGAAGUUAACCCCUGCAUUCGUCUUAAUUGGUGACGGUGAAUAUAUUUCUUAUUAGUGGUGAUUUAUGCCGGAAGAUAUUACUAAUUUGUUUUUAUAGAGACAUAAUUGUGAAAAAAUGUUGUCAUUAAAAUUUG